GCUAGAUUGGGUAGGUUCGGAGAAUCCCCAAUCCUCAUAUAUCUGGAUCUCCGAGUGGGAGGAUACGAGGAUCUCCCACACGGAGAGAAACUUGUAUCAUAUCAAUUGUGCCUCUCGGCCCGAGCGGACCUCCGUCUACAUAGCCCUAUCUCCGUAUAAGUAGAUACUUAGACGUUUGAGUUGCUGACAAAACAUGUAAGAAUGUGUGUAUAUAUAUGAGGCCAGUCUGCUCUCAGUACUCUCAAUUCUUGCGGCAUAGACCAAGGACACAAGUGAGCGUUCCACAGAAAUAUUCACAGAAUGAAAGUCUUUCUCGUCUUCGCCCACCCAGAGCCCCAAUCGCUGAGUUCAGCGCUUUGCCAGGUCGCGGUGCAAGAACUUGAAGCUCAAGGCCAUGAGGUUCGCGUGUCCGAUCUGUAUGCAAUGAAUUGGAAAUGCAACAUAGAUCGAGACGAUUUCCCAUUGCUGUCGAAGGAGCUCCCACUCAGAGUGGCAUCCGCAUCCAAAACGGGGUACAGUUCGCAUGGUCUUACGGAGGACGUGCUGGCUGAACAGGAGAAGCUGUUGUGGGCAGAUACUGUGAUUCUACAGUUUCCUCUCUGGUGGUUCACGAUGCCUGCUAUUCUGAAAGGAUGGGUGGACCGAGUAUUUUCAUGUGGAUUCGCCUAUGGGGUUGGAGAGCACAACGACAAGCGCUGGGGGGAUAGAUAUGGCGAGGGUAUUUUGUCCGGGAAACGCGCCAUGUUGAUCGUCACCGUGGGCGGUUGGGCAGACCAUUAUUCAUCUCGUGGCGUCAAUGGUCCCAUAGAAGACCUAUUGUUCCCCAUUCAACACGGCAUUCUCUUCUACCCUGGUCUCGAGGUGUUACCACCUUUCGUACUCUAUCAGGUUGACAAAAUGGGCAACAGCAUGUUCGACACCAUGGCUGAACAGCUCAGAGAGCGGGUGCGUAAUAUCCAAACCGCGAAGCCAAUUCCGUAUCGUCGUCAAAAUUACGGCGAUUAUUACAUUCCCAGUAUGGUUCUACGAGAGGAUAUCGACACUGGGGCUGCCACUGGAUUUACUCUACACCGCGAAGUUCACAAUGAUUCGGAACAAAUUCACAAGUACAAGGAACAGUAACAAGCUCGCAUCUUGGAUAACAUUGUGGGGGGGCUGAAUAUAGUGGGCAUAAUUCUCAACGGAGACAGUGGGAUGGCACGACCCAAAAGGCUUUCCAGCGCUUAAGAGGACUUACAUUAAGGUUGUUGAUUACUCACUAGAAUAGACAUAUUAGAAGAUAUAAG